AUGGGACCCACGCGAACACAGAAAACGCAACAUCUCCAUACCCCUUCCUCGUCGACUCCAACCGCCGGACCUUCUAAUCCCAAGGUGAAACACGGGUCGAAACCGCGUCACAAAGAGGCUCACCCGACCGAUAACGAUGCUAUCCCUGGAGUCCAGAAGAUAAAAGCAGCAUUGAGACAAACCCGCCGGCUGUUGUCCAAGGAUAAACUUGCGGCGGAUGUACGCGUCGCGACAGAACGCCGGCAACGUGCUCUAGAGGCUGAUCUUAAACAAGCUGGACAUGCUCGGAAAGAACGCACUCUGGCAACUCGGUACCAUAAAAUCAAGUUCUUCGAACGGCAAAAGGUGACACGCAAGAUCCAGCAGGUGAAACGCCAGCUGGCCAAUGCUGACGGAAAGACCAAACUUGCGAAGAGUGAGCGGAGGACCCUUGAGGAGCGUCUGCGGGAAUUGAGAGUCGAUCUCAAUUACAUUCUGCAUUACCCCAAGAUGAAGAAAUAUAUUUCUCUGUUCCCUCCUGAGGUACGAGUGCAAGGAGCCCCGACCACAGAAGGGACCAUGAAGGAGAACCAAAGCGCGACGGAGACGGACGCGCAGCGUGAAGAGGUGCGGGCGUCGAUGAGGGCACAGAUGGAGCGCGGUGAACUGAGCUGGGAGCCAGAGGUCGAGAAGAAUUAUCCACGCAACGCAAGCGAAGGGGCAGUGACAGGAAAGCGACAGAACAGCAGUGGAGCAGGCGGAACUGGAAAGGUGCCUAUAGCAUGGCACAGGGACAGGGAUGGUGGGAAGAAAGGCAAGGAUAGCGAUGAUGCGGAGGGCGGUCUCGUAUCAGGAGAUGCUUUCUUUGGAGAUGACGACGAGGAAGACGAGAACGAAGCAAGCCAGAGCGAGGAAAGUGAAGAUGAUGAUAUGCCAGAUGAUUCGCAACACUGA